ACUUUGGCUCCCAAAUCUUGGGGAGAGUAAGGCGCAUAGAGGGCAUCGUGUAUUGUGCUUCCCUGAACGUUGGAACACUCAAGAGAUAAGACCAGCCUAUUCGCAGUCUACCCUCGCUGUACUAACGCCCGCCAGUAAAAUACAAAUAGUGCACAGGAUGCAUACGAGACACCCAUCCAAUAAUGCGUUCAGUACUUUUCUGCGUCUUCCUCUACCUCGUUGGAGUAAUCCAUGCUGCACCCACAACAAACACAACAAAUACUACUUACUAGCGAGAUUGUUAAAGGGCCAUCAUUCACGACCAGAAUCCUAUGGACCAUCAUCUCCAGCUCCGUGCUCACUCUUUUCGCAUGCAUAUACAGCGCCAUCCAUCCUAAUAUUCCGAGUCCUAAAGAUAGUCCUAAUCGCAUCCUGUCGCGGCGACUUGGCAUGAUGAUCAUGGCACUAAUCGCUCCUGAACUGAUUGUCACAUGGGCUAUGCGUCAAUGGUUCAGCGCUCGCCUUAUUACAAAACGGUUCAAGGAUUCGGGGUAUCCCAACGUCUGUCCAAAGUCCGAGUCUCCUAAAGAUGAUUCUGUUGAAGCACCUGCGACAGGAAAUCGCUUCCUUCAUCUCCUUGCAGUGCUCGUUAAAGGCAUAUCAUCUUCGUUGAUGUUUCUUUGGCGUUGCCCUGGCUCUCUCGCGAGGUCCGUCAAAAAGUCCGUCAAGGCAUGUUUCUCAGAACAAUCCGAGGGUGAUCCUGAUUUAUGCUGCCUAUACGUUAGCUCACGUGCAUCCUUAAAUUUAGAUUAUACGUGGACUCAGACGCACAGCUUCUUUGUGCUCAUGGGUGGUUUCAUGCUUUAUGUGGAUGGGGAACCCUACCUUACACUACGGCAUGAUGACAUUCUCCAACUGAUACGUGAAAAGUGUAUCGACGUCCCUACCCUAACAGCACAGCAGAUCCACGACAAGAGCAAAGGCAAUGCGAUAUCGAAAGGAUUGAUCAUCCUUCAAGUGGCCUGGUUUGUUAUGGAGCUCAUCACCCGCGCCAUCUAUCGCCUCGAAACUACCCAGCUCGAAGUGGGAACACUCGCUUUUGCGGUUCUUAAUUUCCUCACCUAUGCUGUGUGGUGGGACAAGCCUCUCAAUGUGCAAUGUCCACAUCCAGUAUACUGGAAGUCGACCAAGUCAAGGCCAGAGGAUCGUCCUUAUCUCAGGAGCAGAAACAAAGACUCUACGCCUCGUAUCAUUGGCAUAGUCCUCUCCGCAAUCUUAGACCCAAUCUUUGAGUUGAUGGGUGGCGGUCCCACAUCUCUAAUGCUCCGAGUUCCUACAUUUAAUGGCAGCAUCGAGCUCGAAAAUUCGGACAGGAUUGUUCUUCAGCUUGCUGCAUUGGGUAUGGCAACCAUAUUUGGCGGAAUCCAUUGUAUGGCUUGGUUUUUUUACCUUCGUCACACAUCAGGAACAGCUCCUAUGGCACAUAUGUGCACUCGCUAUAACUUGCACACCCUGGCUUGUUGUUUUUGA